AUGAACAGGGAGGACAUAAGAUGCGACCACUUGAGCAACAUCCGAGCUUCAGCUGAUAUCCUGGUUACCUCUCUUAAAAGGAUACAGAAUGAUGGCGAUGCCGAAUCAUUUGAGUCUCAUAUAUACCAACUAGCUGAUUGCCUCGAAGAGAUUUUCAGUAGGCAGGUGAUCAGAAUCUCCAAGGUCGACGUGUCCAAGUACCCUCGACUCUAUGCAGUACAAAAGAUUGCCUCCACAUCAGAUGAUUGGAAAUCAAAUACGAGAGACUUUUUCGACGCUUGGACUUUGGAAGACUCAGCCUCCUGGAACAAAUUGCGAGGUAACCUGGAGCGACUCACUGAUGAGCUGCAUCCAUACGGAGGCAACCUAGACAUGAUUGAUAGGCUCGAUUAUGCCAAGGCACCGCAAGAGCCAGGCAAAGAAACACACGACUUCAUUAGUCGAGCCCUUGGUGCGGUCCUUUGCAGGUGCCAUGUUAAGUCCGAGCGCGAGCUUAUGUGGUUGCUCGGGUCAUGUCAGAAUGAGACUUUGAUGCCCGAACUUGGGUGCCUGUGUAUCUUGGCCUCUCGAGAUGAAGCGUUUAUGCAGUGGUAUGAGUUACUGAUGCAUGAGCCAUCAAUGGACCAACGAGUGGUCAAAUCCACAACUCUCCGACAGAGUGAGGAGACAAUUGAUCUUUCCCUUCAAUUUCACAGUCACCCAUCGAUUCUCGAGCUCGGCGUUAUUCUUCUAGAAAUUCAGCUGGGAAAGAGGCUUCAAACCUUUUUUACGGAUAACCGGGAUCUCACGAGUCCAAACAAACUCUACUGUAGCGCUUGGAAAGUUUACCGGGAUGAGGAGCUUAAAAUCACGUCCCUUCCAUGCCGUGAUGCGAUCAGGGCAUGUCUAUCGCCAGACAUCUUUGAAGGUCAAAACGACGUUCACGAGGCGCGAACUCUACUGUUCGAAAAGGUUAUUCGACCACUGGAGGAAGAGCUUUUGGAGAGUUUGCCACGGCCGGAUCCCAACAAUCUGGAAGGAAAAACAACACGUCGACCAUUAUCAGGAAAGACCUCAAAACGCGGGCCCACCUAUAGUGGUAGCAACUUUCAAUACCGAGAAAUCAACUCAACGCCUCCAUUCCAAGACGUCAAGGCCAGCCAAGCUCCCAGGGGACGUAACACAGAUGUCAAAUCUUCCGAAGCAUUCUCCGACAAGAGAAGGAGCGAAGGUCGUGAUACUAUUCAGGGAAAACGUGUCAAAUGGGGAGAUGAGCCCUCGGAAAGAUCAUCCAAUAAAUCCAAGGCGAAUCCCCUCAACGGGAAGUGUGACAAGACAACAAACCCUAUCACAAUGCUCUCUGAUGCAAGAGAACAUGUCAGAGAUAAGGGAGCAAUAUCCGACUGGACAAAAUGGUUCAAAAACUUCACGUCAUUUCGCCGACAAAUCCUUCCAUAUCCGGUAGAUCCUAAAAACCAACAGCGAGUUCGGGUUACAGUAAUUGACACUGGCAUUGAUGGGUCUCACCCUUUCAUUAUGUCAAAACGUUGGGUAAGCGUGGAUGAGAACGCCUCUGAACCGCUCUUCUACGAUUUCGCCGAAUCAGAUCCGGUCCGUGAAAAGCAUGAUCCCAUCGACCAAGAUGGCCACGGCACGUUCAUUGCAGGUAUUCUGCUUCAAAUAGCGCCUGAUAUCGAGCUAUCCGUUGCUAGAAUUGGUGUGACUAGAGAGUCAAUUCAGCAUGACGCUCAAGUUGGGGACAAGAUUUAUCGGGCUAUUAAACACGCCAUCCACAUCUGGGAGACAGAUAUAAUUUCCAUGUCCUUCGGCAGUGAGGAAAUAUCAUACAAGAUUCGUGAUGCCAUCAACGAGGCCUUGAAGCGUAAUAUCAUCCUCCUAGCCGCCGCCGGUAACUCGGGCAAUUACGCAUCUACCCCGUACCCAGCAAAAGAAGACGGCGUCUUCAAGAUUUUUGCGGCCGAUACGUCCGGAUUCGCGGCCAAAUUCAGCCCACCGGUCGACGACAGUAGUUCGCACAACAGCUACUUCAUCUUAGGCUCCGGGGUAAUGUCAACCUGGCCUCUAGGCUUACAAGAGCAAGCGCAGGCUGACGGCCUCGACGUAUUCUGCCAUAGCCCUGAGGAUGAACAUGAUCACUCGAAACACAAAUGUGAUGUACGGGCCAUCAUGUCGGGAACAUCGUUUGCCACACCGAUCGCAGCCGCCCUAGUAGCUAUCAUUUAUCAGUUCUACGACGCGAACGAGUCGGAAAUCAAACUCAGAGAGGAUAGUACUGGCAGUUUCAAAUCACCUCAAGCUAUUCGUGCUAUUUUUUCCAAGAUGAGUACACGUUCGGAUCAGGCACCGUAUAGCUUUCUUGUACCAGACAGGGGGAGAGACAGUUACUUCUGGUUCCGACGACAAGGGUAUACAGGAUUAAAUAACGAGGGCCAAACGCCAAUUGAAUUCUUCUCGAAACGGCUUUCCGAUAUCCUUUAUUCAGCUGAAAUCUGA